AUGGACCCUGAGAGCUACAGACCUGUAAGCUUCACCUCUGUGCCUAGGAAGAUCAUGGAACAGAUCCUCAUAGAAGCUAUGCUAAGGCACAUGGAGAACAAAGAGGUGAUUUCAGACAGCCAACAUGGCUUCACCAAAGGCAAGUCCUGCUUGAUGGCCUUCUAUGAUGGAAUGACAUCAGUGGACAAGGGCAGAGCUAUGAACGUAAUACAUCUGGACUUCUUACUGAAUGUGACAUAUGAAAAUGUAUUUCGCCUGCCUGCACCGAAUCUUGAUCAGUCAGUACAUGGCUUGAUGGAAGAACACGUUCCCGGGAGGGACGGGUGGCACAGCAGCGGCACAGGCACGGACGGAAGGCACGGACGGGCUGCCGUGGCGUGGCUUUGUGAUGCCGUUCAGCCAGAAUUCAGAUGUUUUUUGGCAGGUGGAAUUUUUCUAGGUGCUGAAGCAGGAAUGAUGGCAGGUUUUGGCACCACACUUGCCAUGACAAAGAAGAAGAACCCAGACUGGUUCAGUAAGGGGAUUACUGCCACAGCUGCACUACCAGAGAGUGGAUCAUCACUGGCCUUACGAGCCCUAGGAUGGGGCUCACUCUACGCAUGGUGCGGAGUUGGAUUGCUCAGUUUUGCCAUCUGGAAGGCUCUGGGUGUGCACAGUAUGAAAGAAUUCCAAACAAAAAUGCAGUCCAUCUUUCCAGCAAUUCCUAAAACUAAUGAGCCCACUGUUGAAUGGGAAGACUUACUUAAAUCCAAGUGA